AUGGCGUGUGGCGGUGUGGUGAAGCGUGGCGUGUCCCUCGAUCUGGUGCUGAGCGCGUGCAGCACUGUAAUGCCGUGCUGCCGGGAGUGUUGCCGUGCUGCCUUACUGCCAGGAAGUGUUGCCAUGUGCCGGGAAGUGUUACCGUGUGCCGGGAAGUGUUGCUGUGUUACCAGAAAGUGUUGUCGUACUGCCGGGAAGUGUUGCCGUGUGCAGGGAAGUACUGCCUUGCUACCAGGAAGUGUUGCCGCGCUGCCGGGAAGUGUUGCCGUGUGCCGGGAAGUGUUGUCGUGCUACCAUGAAGUGUUGUCGUACUGCCGGGAAGUGUUGCCGUGUGCCGGGAAGUGCUGCCUUGCUACCAGGAAGUGUUGUCGUACUGCCGGGAAGUGUUGCCGUGUGCCGGGAAGAGUUGCCGUGCUGUCAGUGGGUGGUCGUGUUGGUGACUUUGGUGAAAUGACAGAGUAA